AUGUGGUACUUUGCUGGAGUGCCAGUCAUUCCCGAGAACCGGCCCUGGUUCGUGGCUAUCUUCUUCUUCACAUGCCUCGCAUUCGCCGUGGUGUUGAUGAGAGUCUAUACCCGACUCUUCAUCACGCGGAUAUUCGGUAUCGAUGAUUACCUGAUGGUGGUAUCAAUGGCUUUGUCAAUCGCUUAUAUUGGCACUGUCGUUCAUGAGAUGGAGCUGGGACUGGGAUACAGAGUCCGGCAGGAAGAUUACCUGUCUUUCGUAAAGUCGGAAUUCUUCACCACCUUGAUUUACACCUGGAAUCAAUGGGUAAUCAAGAUGUCGAUUCUUGCGCUGUACUGGCGAGUUUUCGUAACACAGAAGCCGAGGAAGAUUCUGAAAUGGUUCAUUGGUUGGCUUUGCAUUUACGGUUUGGUGAAUUGCAUCGCACCCAUAUUCAGCUGUAUUCCUGUCCAGAAGUUCUGGAAUCCAUCUCUCGAUGGGCAUUGCAUGCAAGGCGGCGAACUUCAUUAUGUGCUCGCAACAUGCAACGCUAUUAAUGAUUUCGCCAUCCUUAUAUUUCCAAUCCCGAUACUUCUGAAGCUCAAGAUGCCACUUAGAGUCAGAGUGAUUCUCAUUAUGACUCUAACUUGUGGUUUACUUGCGUCUGUUGUAUCAAUCGUUCGAUUUUAUGCUCUUGUGCACUUCUUUGAAGGGCCUAGGGAGAACGCUCCAGUACUGGCCGUCCCGAUCAGCACUUGGUCCAGCCUCGAAGUCAACCUCGCCAUUAUUUGCAGCUCAGUCGCUACGCUCAAGCCAUUAUUCGCCCAGUUUGUCCCACGCUUGGACUUCUUGUCGGGAUCCUCGGAUGGAUCUGCCAAAAAGUCUUCCAAUCAACGGUCGGAUCAAUCAUCAUGGAUUUCCCUCACCAACCGCCGAACUACUUUCCGAGAACCACCCGCCGAUCUCGAGGGGGGGGGAGACCGAGGGGAUUUGCGCGUUGAGCAGACUGAGGGCAUCAUGACGCAAAAUCCGCCCAGGAACAGCAGUCAGCAAAAUCUGGUGGCUGGUGACGCGAAUCCUAAAGACGUCUCUUGA